CAUCGCCCCAGAUACCAUCGUGCUCGAUCUCGCACUCAUAUCUUUUAUAAAAUACAAAACCUUGUACACAACGUCUCCCGUGAAAUACCCUUUAUAACAGCGACUGUUGUUAACGUCCAGUCUUACGUCGAAUGUCGGUAUUUAACCACUUAAAAAACCUGAUAAGACAGGGUAAAAGUGCGGUUUCUACUCCCAGUAGUGAAUCUAGCUCGGAUUUUUCAAACGCCACACGCUCGCUCGUUGGAAGCAACCCAACACAAAAGCAAGCUUCCAGAGUUGAAGCUGCGGCUCGAAUGGUAGAAGAAGAGCGUGAGGCCAAGAAACGCAUUCCUACCUACGCUGGUUUAGAACGCUACAAGCUACUUAGUAAAAUGGGAGAUGGAGCGUUCUCAGAUGUAUACAAGGCCGUCGAUGUUAAUACUCUACAAAAAGUAGCUGUAAAGGUCGUGCGCAAAUAUGAACUCAGCCCUGUUCAGAGAGCGAGCAUUGUCAAGGAAGUCCAAAUAAUGAGAAAUCUCAAGCACACCUCGAUCGUUCAGUUACUUGGAUUUAUUGAUACAAAAGAGCAUUACUUCUUAAUUCUUGAACUGUGUGAAGGCGGUGAAUUAUUUCACCGAGUGGUUCAUCUGACAUAUUUUAGUGAAGAACUUUCUCGCCACUGCAUUGUUCAAGUGGCCAAAGGAAUCCAUUACCUGCAUGAAGAAAAAGGGAUUGUUCAUCGUGAUAUCAAGCCUGAAAAUCUAUUGUUCGAUAAAAUCUCGUUUAGAGAUCGCACCGUUCCAUUGCCACCGCCACAUCCCGACGACGAAGAUAAAGAAGACGAAGGUGAAUUCAUCGAAGGAGUGGGAGGCGGUGGCAUUGGUAAAGUCAAAAUCGCCGAUUUUGGACUCUCCAAGGUGAUCUGGGACAAGCAGACAGCCACGCCAUGCGGCACAGUUGGUUAUACAGCUCCAGAAAUUGUUCGUGAUGAACGCUAUUCCAAAUCAGUCGAUAUGUGGGCCCUCGGAUGUGUUCUAUAUACCCUACUCUGCGGAUUCCCUCCUUUCUAUGAUGAAAGUAUUCAAGUUUUGACUCAAAAAGUCGCUAGAGGCGAAUUUGAAUUUCUCAGCCCCUGGUGGGACGACAUAUCAUCUGAUGCCAAAGACUUGAUUUCCCAUCUACUCACAGUGGAUCCGGAAGAACGUUAUACAAUUGUCCAAUUUCUAGAUCAUCCCUGGAUAAAGAACGAGCCCGUUAAGAUUUCCCGCGCUAAAGACGCUGGCAAGGUGGUGAGCGAAAUACAGGUUCCUACAAUGGUUGAACCCAUGGCCGAAACGAAUACCUCAACUACGAGUCUUGGAACCUUAAAGAUGACGCCACUUUCUCCUGAAAAGUUAACAGAAAGCGGUCGUGCUUCGCCACGGCCCAGCCAAGCGGUGGCUAACAGUUCGACAAAUAUAGUAGACCAGCCAGCUGACACUGAUGUCCGUCCCCUUGUGGCCUCUCCCACCAUUACUUCCAUGAAGGAAGUAUUUGAUGUCUCAUAUGCUGUGCAUCGUAUGGCUGAAGAAACUGCUCGACGAAAAGCUCUGGCAGCCGCCCAUCCAAAUGGUCAACCAGCAGCCUUAUCGGCUAUCCAUGCCAUGAACAACAUUGAUGAAGAUGACGACGAUGAUACUUAUGGCCUCACUACAGACAACUCUGAUUCAUCUCAGAGCGCUGAUUCAGGCGAGGAAUCGGAUCAACCUCCUAUAGCGCAACCUGCUCGUGUGGAGAUGACAAACAAUGUAAAGCUGCAAAUGGACAAUUUGAGGCUGAAAAAUCCACCAACACAACGGCUACAGCAGUCUCAGCGCGAGAGAGUGGCUGCUAAUCUCAAAGGGUCGGCUUCACCCAAACCUGUAAUAGAUCGUGCGUCGACCAAAUCCCCGAGCAAGAAGAAAGCGGCUCCGUUUGAACUCAAGAUGGGAAACGCUACCUUGUUAGAGAAGAGAAAACAACGUCAACAAAUGCCGGAUAUUGCAUCCGUCAAAGGAUGAUGUUCCAUUUACGCUUUGAAGAGAGGAAACCAAAAAUGCAAAAAAGACCGUAAUCCUCAAUUCCAUCACACACUCAAAAAAAGUUCCACCCACCCCCUGUUUCCAUUGCUUCUGUAAUAAUUUGUACAAUUAUUCAUCCCACCUUCUUGACAUGCCUCCCCUCUCUUCUUCCGUUGUGGUCAAAAUCAUAUACCAUCGCUAAAACCCUCCAUCUGUCACUUAUCCGUUUUCUCCUUGUCAUCUUCGUCUUUAGUUCUUUCUUCAUUUUGACUCAUCCAUCACUGAUUGCUUUAUAAUCAACUAAUGCCAAAAAAAAAAGACCUUACUUGUCGGUCGUGGUUAUAAUGAUCAUAUCCCUUGUGUACUUCCCAGUUUACCGGGUCUAGCCGACCA